CUGCUACUAACUCACCUCAGCUUGAUUACUCUUUCGAUCUCGACCAUUUGAAUCCAUUGUACUGACAUUGCAUCUUGACACAAUGUCGACUCCAACCCUCAUCAACCUACCACCUCCUCCUUCGGAUCCCGUCACUCCAGACAUGGGACCAGGCACUCCCAAUUCCGGCACGACUUCCCUGUCUGCGCUGUCAACCACCGCCAUCAAAGACGGUCACCAGGGCCAACCCUUCCCUCACGGCCGGCACGCUCACCAUUCUUCCACCGCUUCUAUCUCCUCUACGAACACCCUGGAUGCGGAGCGCGCAGAUCGCAUCUCUCGCCUGGCCGGUUUGGAACGAGUCGCAACCGCACGAGCUGGCGGUCAAUCACCGUCCAAUGCCGCAUUUCCUUUGUCCCACACACCCGGUUACUUUGACGGCCUUGCAGCACUCAAGGAGCGGAGCACCGUGGGCAGUGCGAGCGCUACAGGAAGUAUCGGUGGUCACACGACCUGGGCGAGUGGAAGUGAGGCGUUUGAUGCCGAUAAGAUGAGCGAAGGCCCGGACGAUAGCGUUUCCAGUGUAGGCAAUAUCAGUGAUGAAGGCAAUGCCAGUCUCGUGGGCUUUGGUGAGGGUGCCAACAGCACUAUCAGCGGCCCGACCUCACGCCCAGCUGGUAUGAAUCGCUUGUCCUCUGGUGGCGCCAGCGCCCGCCCGACUUCUAUGGGAAGCUCGAACGUCAACCGCCCGAACCCGAUAGCUUCUUAUGUCCAGCAACAGCAGCAACAACACCAGCAGCAGCAGCAGCAGCAGUACUCUGCCGGGGAUAGCCCUAUGGUGUCAUCUUCUCCCGCUGGCUCGAACACCCCAGAGCCGCUCUCGGAAGAUGCGCGUAUGAUUGACGGCAUGACCUUUGACCAGGAUGUGGUCGAUACCACUGCUCGUACGCCUCGGAUUGUUACGCCGUCCAACCAGGGCGCCAGCGGCUUUGGGACCCCGACCCGUGAAUAGACUUCUUGGGAGUCAAUGGAUUAGCUUGAAAGAGAUUUAGGAUGGAGUUCUUCUUAUGGAUAGUUUUCGCUUUUUUUUUCAUGUUU